ACCAUUUCAGGCCAGUAGAAGGUCUUUAAAGCGGUUCAGCGAAUCCUCCACGUCCAGACUCCAGGAGCCAUCUUCAGAGAUUCUGCUGCUCAGAUUUCCCAUCUUCUUCUCGACAACCUUCCCAUCCGUUCGUCGAAAAUGCGCGAAAUUGUGCAUCUUCAGGCCGGCCAGUGCGGAAACCAGAUCGGAGCUAAGUUCUGGGAGGUGAUCAGCGACGAGCAUGGUAUUGAUCCCACUGGAACGUACCAUGGAGACAGUGACCUGCAGCUGGACAGGAUCAGCGUCUAUUACAAUGAGGCCACAGGGGGCAAGUAUGUGCCUCGGGCCAUCCUAGUGGAUCUGGAGCCCGGCACAAUGGACUCGGUCAGGUCUGGUCCGUUUGGACAGAUUUUCAGGCCUGAUAACUUCGUCUUUGGCCAGAGUGGAGCUGGUAACAACUGGGCUAAGGGCCACUACACUGAAGGGGCUGAGCUGGUGGACUCCGUCUUGGAUGUGGUGAGGAAAGAGGCCGAGAGCUGCGAUUGCCUGCAGGGCUUCCAGCUCACUCACUCUCUGGGCGGGGGCACCGGCUCUGGGAUGGGCACCCUGCUCAUCAGUAAGAUCCGCGAAGAGUACCCGGACCGCAUAAUGAACACCUUUAGCGUGGUGCCUUCCCCCAAAGUGUCCGACACCGUGGUGGAGCCCUACAACGCCACGCUCUCCGUCCACCAGCUGGUAGAGAACACAGACGAAACCUACUGUAUUGAUAACGAAGCUCUUUACGAUAUCUGCUUCCGCACACUUAAACUCACCACCCCCACCUACGGAGACCUCAACCACCUAGUGUCCGCCACCAUGAGCGGGGUGACCACCUGCCUGCGCUUCCCCGGCCAGCUCAACGCCGAUUUGCGUAAACUAGCUGUGAACAUGGUGCCCUUCCCCCGUCUCCACUUCUUCAUGCCAGGGUUCGCACCCCUCACCAGCAGGGGGAGCCAGCAGUACCGCUCCUUGUCCGUUCCAGAGCUCACCCAGCAGAUGUUUGACGCAAAGAACAUGAUGGCAGCGUGCGACCCCCGCCAUGGCCGAUACCUCACCGUGGCCGCGGUCUUCAGGGGGCGCAUGUCCAUGAAGGAGGUGGACGAGCAGAUGCUGAACGUCCAGAACAAGAACAGCAGCUACUUCGUGGAGUGGAUCCCCAACAAUGUGAAGACCGCCGUUUGUGACAUCCCGCCACGCGGCCUGAAAAUGGCAGCCACCUUCAUCGGCAACAGCACCGCCAUCCAGGAGCUGUUCAAGCGGAUCUCCGAGCAGUUCACCGCCAUGUUCCGCCGUAAGGCCUUCCUCCAUUGGUACACGGGCGAGGGGAUGGACGAGAUGGAAUUCACCGAAGCAGAGAGCAACAUGAAUGACCUCGUGUCUGAGUACCAGCAGUACCAGGACGCCACCGCCGAGGAGGGCGAGUUUGAGGAAGAGGGCGAGGAAGAAGUUGCAUAAAGCCUGAAAGGCAGCUACCACACCCACAUUUCACCCCCCCAAUCCAUCCAUCCUAAGUUGAACGUUGCACUGAUCACCCACCUAGUUCACUGUUGUUUAGUUCUAGUGAUCUAGUGUUAGACAUUGAAACUUGCUUACUAACUGUUAUUGGUAAAGUUUUGUUUAAAUUGUGUAUGUUGUAAAUGCACUGGAUUGUUGGCAUUUCUCCUGUCAUUGCCUUUUCAUCCAUGGAAGCAAAUGACUUUGACUGUGAAGUUCUGAAAGAUUAAAAUCAUGUUGAAAAGCCUC